CAUGUGCAGGUUUGUCUGUCGGUGUGUCGGUGUGUCUGUGCCUGCCUGUGCACAGGAUGUACCGACCCGUGUAUUGCAGCACACCCUGAGCUGCCUCUGUGGCCUCCAAGCCUCUCCAGGCCUCCAAGUCUGGACCUCCCCUUUGGUUCCUUCACCAUCAACAGCUUUACAAAGCUGGAGCAGAUGGUCUGUUUUCUUACGUAUGUGUUGUGUACACCCUUUUUUUGUAAGAAAUGCUCACCUUUAUACUAAAGCAGCAGUUUCACUUGUAUCCCACGGACACUUGGUUUCACAGCGGGGUUCGACAAGGCCCUGUCACAGUUUUUGAGCUGCCUCUGGGCUCUACUUCCUGUUCUUGUCAUUACAUUCCUGCUCUUUCAGAGAGAUGGGUGUGACUAGUGUGAUGCCUCCACCAAACUGUGCCUUGGGAACAUCAGUCCUGCCGUGUCCCACAGGUUAACAGUAAAAGCACUGCUCCUCAGUGUGUUACUGGGGCAUUAGCUUGUUUCUGCUGGCCUUGAAAGUAAGAGCCAAGUUUGUUCUAGUUCUGCAUCACUCACUCAAACUUUUAUUCACCUAGUUGAUCCAUGGCAGAGUUUACAAAGAGCUCCUGAUAUUCACAUCAUAAGCUAGUUUAAUUGCCAAGCUCAGGAGGAGUUGGAAAAGAUAAAGGAAGUAGAAAGAGCAGGAAACAAGGUACUUGGAAGUAUGUGACUACUGGUAUAAAAACAAGUGUGGUGCCUCUGCUCAUCUUUGAACUACCUUUAUACAAUGGUGAUAAUGUCUUCUUUUAAAAGAAGCCCUAGAUGGAUGAUGGCUUCUUCACACUAAGAAAGCAGAGGAGUAAUUAAUUUGAUCAAAUUUUGUACCUCUGCUCCUUUAGAUUUGAAUCCUUCUCAGCAUGCACUGUAUGAUAUCUACUUUUUCCCUUUGUCUGUGGAGCAUGCUGAAGGGAAGAAACAGAGAGUAGCUGGUAACUAGCUGGCCACAGCUCUGUGCCUGGUUUGCACUUCCACAAGAGCCCAGUCUGACUGCACAGUCCAGUGCUCCUGUGUCACGGAUGUGCCUUUUCUAACCCCGUCCCUGGCCCUGACACGUUUGCUCUGCUGCCCUUUGCCCGCUCACUUUUAUCCCAUUGGCACUGGGUUUCACAACCGGGUUCCAUGAGGACCCAUCACAGUCUAUGAGCUGCCCCUGGGCUUUGCUUCUGGCUCAGCUCUCCCUGCCCCAGUUUUCUUCUCCACUUAUAAAGCUUCCCACUAAGGCACUUCGAAAUCUGCAUAAGGAAUAGGCGUUUACAUUUAUAUCUUUUAAAGUUAAUAUUACUAUUUAUUCUGAUGGUGGGUAAUUGCUCCAUUCCUUGAUGAGAUGUUGGCUGGGAAAACUCUGAGGUUUUCCCUAGGAGGAGAAGCCUCUGUGGCAUCUGUCACCUUGCAUUUCUGUGCUCUCUGCCCGCAAAGCUUUCAGUAACAUGCAUGUAAUCCUUCUUGCCCUUUUGAUUUGAUUAUAAACUCUUUCCAGCCACUCUGGGCUGGGGCAGAAGUCCUUCAUGGUGCACUUGUGUUCUCUUUCAGCUCCAUCUUUCCUCUUCCUCCUCGUCCCGGCUGCCUCGUGGUGCCGCUGGUUCCUGCCUGCCAGGCAAGUCAGAGCAUGUCCAGACCCCAUGGAGGAGAUGCAGAAGAUGGCAGAGCGGCUGAGCCUCUGGGGCAAGUGCGGGGAGGGGACUUCGGGGGCUCCUGCACUUGCUGGCCCCUGCCUUGCAGGCAACAGACUGAGCCUGGAUGUUUAUCCUGAUGGCUGCUGGCAUUUCCUCCGGCUGUUGAAGCAGCAACGGGAAGAGGUGGUCCAGGUGGAGUUCCUUCGUCUCAGCAGCAACGAUUGCCUCAUUGACACCACGCUGGACAGCCUUCCUCAUCUGGAGCACCUGAAAUCCCUGGUGCUGAAAGGAGGUCACGUUAGAGAUAAGUUUGGUUCCUGCCAGCGUGGCUCCCUGACAAGCUUGCCACAAGACUUCGGGAACCUGAAGUGUCUCACCCACCUGGAUCUCAGCUUCAACAGACUCUCCACCUUGCCGAGCUGCAUUGUCCACCUCCCCAGCCUCCGUGUGCUCCUGGUGAGCCACAACAGCCUGGUGGCACUUCCUGAGGACUUUGGCUGUCUUAGCAAGUUGACUUUCUUCUCUGCUAUGAAAAAUCAGCUGACGGACUUACCUCAGAGCAUUGGGGAGCUGUCAAUGCUGCAUAGCCUGGAUCUUUCAGAAAAUUUUUUGGAAUUGCUUCCUGAAGAAAUUGGGAAUCUGCAGAACUGUGAAGAGCUGGUUCUCUCUGGAAAUUGCUUAUCGAGCAUCCCAGACUCCUUAGGCAAUUUGAAGUCUCUGCGUGAGCUGCAUCUCCACACCAAUUUCCUGGUGACGGUCCCUGCCUCGCUUGCCAGCCUGCCCAACUUGUCCAGACUUGAUCUGCAGAACAACUGCCUCCGUGCUGUCCCCGCUGAGAUCCAGGCUUUGCCAUUUGUGGACCUCCAUGGCAAUCCCUUAGGAGAAACUGAACCAUCUCUGCAGGCUGAUGAAUCCAGUGCCAGAGGGCUAAGAAGACUCUCCUGUAGAUCGGGAAAGAACAGCUUUCUUGUCACCUCUGAAGGCUGCGAAGUGGUCCUGCCCUAUGGCAUCCAUUUCUGCUUUCCACCGGGGGCUGCCUCUGAUACUCUGCGGAUCAGCUUCCGAAUCCUCGAACCGGACCCUCAGUGGGUAAAGCUUAGACACCACGAUGUCUUGCUGAGUAGGGUCCUGGAGCUGCAGCCUCAUGGGAUCAAAUUCCAGCAGGAGGUGCAGAUAUGGAUUCCAUUUGUCCCACCUCAAAUCCUUCACCAGAAUGAGGUGGUAGUUCGGACCUUCAGUGGGCAGAGCUGGAGUGAUCUGAGAACGAGAGUGGAGCAGAAGAGGGGAUCAAUGAUGGCUCACUGUAGUGUCCUUCACUUCUCUUGGUUCCUUGUUGUGUCUCGACUUGUGCAAGAUGAAUGCAAAGUGCCAGCAGAGGGGACAUUGCUCUUUUCCAGUGUGGAUCCAAACAUCAAAGUGAUCUUUCCUCCUGGAGUCACCAAAGAGCCUCGCAGUGUCAAGAUGCAGGUGCUGCAGGUCCCUGCAAAAGAGAUGGACGAAAUCACAGCCAGUGCAGGGUGCAGAGCCAGUCCCCUGCUCUGCCUCUCCCAGGACUCCCUGGUGGAUUUUCUCAAUCCAGUGACAAUUCAGCUGCCCCUCCCACACGGAGUCACAGGACUAAAUUUGGAUCAGUUAAGGCUGCGUCUUCUCCAUGGUGACCCGGAGGGCCAAACCUGGGAUGACAUUACCAGUAAGGUGGUGCUGAAAUUCACUCAUAUUUAUGUGAUGUUUGAAGUCACUCACUUCUCCUGGUACUGGCUGUGGUACACCACUAAGACCUACAUUGAAGGCAUUGCCAAGAAGGUCUAUGAGCGGCUGCGUCUGUACCAGGUGAACUUCAUUGCACUGCAGAGGAAGAAGGACCCCGAGCAAGUCCUGCUACAGUGUGUCCCCAAGCACAAGGUUGACACAGUGCUGCAGAGGCUGCAGAACCGCUAUCAAGGACCUGAGCCAUCCGACAUGGUGGAGAUGUUUGAGGGAGAGCAAUUUUUUGCAGCUUUUGAGCGAGGCAUCAGCAUCGAUAUGGAUCGCCCUGACUAUGUGGACGGACGUCUGUCAUUUAUUUUUUACUCCCACUUGAAGAACAUGAAGGAAGUAUAUGUGACCUCCCCUGUGGACAGGAAAGGCCAAGCUGUAAAAGGCCAGGUCUCCUUCUACCGAGGAGCAGUUCCACAGAACAUCCCUGAAGAUGCCAGCAGGAGGAGGAAAGGAGCAGACUCCCUCUGGCUUGCUACUCUGCCCAUCAAACUACCUCAAUUGAAGUCCCGCUGCAAUGAGAAUCCUGGUCCCCUGUGUGGCUUCUCCUUCCCUCCCUUGAACCUGGGCAAUGCUGAGACCGGCUACUUGACACAGGCAAACCUGCUGAGCAUUGCCAGGCGUGUGGGAUCUGACUGGCAGACCAUUGGCCUCAACCUGGGCUUGACCUUUCAGCAGAUUGAGCGCAUAGGACACAAUAAUAGAGACGACCUUGAUAAGCAGAUCUUGGGCAUGCUUUUCUCAUGGGCUCAGCAAAACUCGGAGGAUCCUGACUGUGUGAGCAAGCUGAUUGCAGCCAUGAAAGAGAGUGGCCGCCAGGACAUCGCUGAUGAGGUUGAAACCAUCAUUGAUCUGGGACGACAGAAAUACAGCGAGUCCAUCCGCCGCGUGGGCUUGGAGCCGGAGAGCAGCAGGGAGGACUCAGCAAUAGCUACGAUGUAGCACCUAGCAG